GUGACCUUCGACAUAGACGCCAAUGGUAUUCUGAACGUUUCUGCGGCGGAGAAGUCGACUCAGAAGGUGAACAAGAUAACGAUAACCAACGACAAGGGCCGUCUUAGCAAGGAGGACAUCGAGCGAAUGGUGCAAGAGGCGGAAAGAUACCACGCCGAGGACGAGUCGCAGAGGAACAGGGUCGUGGCGAAGAACAACCUGGAGUCCUACUGCUUCAACAUGAAGAACGCGGUUGAGGACAGCAAGGUGAAGGAGAAGAUAGCGGAAGACGACCGAAAACGCAUCGCUGACACGUGUAACCACAUCAUCAAGUGGUUGGACACCAGCGCUUCUGCCACGGAGGACGAGUUCGUGGCUAAGCUGAAGGAAGCUGAGCAGGUCUGUAAACCCAUUAUAACAAAAUUGUACGAAACCGCUGGUGCGCCAUCGUUUGGAAGAUGCAGUGGCCAGGGAGGAAGUCCUUCGAGUGGCCCGAUCAUAGAGGAAGUGGAAUGAUACCCAUGAUCGAUAAUGCCGCGUGCUGCCUUUGCUGGAUGUCACAAUCUGAAAUGAAAAUCCAAAUCUGUAGUCGAUGUUCAUUGGUAUCCAUCCUCUAUCUUUGAAAUUUGAAAAUUUAAAAGCUGUUCUUAUGAAUACACAUCAAUGCCAACUUUAAAGUGUAACAGAAGCUACAUAAAUCUAAAAAAUUUUAAUUACCUGU